AUGACUACAUAUAUGUUUGCAGAAUUUACUCUUUUGUUUACCUGUUUGUUUAACCCCGCCCCUUUUAUGUUGCAGACGGAGCUGUCCCACAACCUGCAACAGUUGUCCGAGCGGGCCCGAUCCACAACGGAGUUCAUCCAGCGCCUCAAAGGGAUGAGCGAUAAAGUUAACGAAAACUGUGAGGAAUUCGAACAAGUGGUAACAGCACAAUGCGAAGCCCUUAUACAGGCCAUCCACAACAGAAGGGCCCAACUUCUAGAGUGCAUCAGACAGGACAAAGAGAUGCGUGUCAGGGCCUUAAAGGAACAGGUCGUAACCUGCACUCAAAGAUUGCAGCAGACCACCGCCUUGCUGCAGUUCUGCAUCGAGGCCUUGAAGGAGACUGACAGCUCUGCGUUUUUGCAGAUUGGCUCUAUGCUCAUCAACAGGGUUGCCAACACAGACCAUUCCUGGCACAAAGAGUGGACAGCUCCUCGAGUCUCUCCACACUUCGACCUCACUUUGGACGACAAGUCAGUUCUAAGGGCUAUCGACCAGCUCAACUUCAUCCAGAUGAAACCUCCCGCAGCUCCCACUAUCAUCCCCGAGGAGUGCAGUGCCGAGAACAACUCCGUCACCGUGGCCUGGCAGCCGCCGCCCCACAGCCACGUCGAGGGGUACGUCCUGGAGCUGGACGAUGGCAACGGAGGAGACUUCAGGGAAGUGUAUUGCGGGGUGGAAACUAUUUGCACUGUCGAUGGGUUGCAUUUCCACUGCAUGUACAACGCGAGGGUAAAAGCCUUCAACAGCUCAGGUGAAGGAGAGUAUAGUGAAUUAAUAGGAUUACAGACAGCUGAAGUGGCUUGGUUCACAUUCGACCCCAUAUUAUCGGGACCCGGCUUGCAGUACUCCGAGGACAGUACAAAAGUGACAGGAGAAGGAUGGGAACAUCGAGUUGCCCUAGGAAGUGUUGGCUUCAGCCGAGGGAUACACUACUGGGAGUUCACAAUAGACAAAUAUGAUGCAGACACCGAUCCUGCCUUUGGAAUAGCUAGGAUCGAUGUAACAAGAGACAAAAUGCUAGGCAAAGAUGACAAGGGUUGGGCUAUGUAUAUCGACAGACAGCGUUCUUGGUUCCAACACGCCGGCGCUCAUGAACAAAGAGUAGAGGGUGGUAUCCACAUGGGUUCCACCAUCGGCGUGCUGCUAGACCUAGACCAACACACCCUGUCCUAUUUUGUAAAUGAAGAACCCCAAGGGUCCGUCGCUUUCCGAGACCUCUACGGAGUGUUUUAUCCCGCCGUCAGCCUCAACAGAGGAGUUAGUGUUACAGUACAUACUGCCUUGGAUCCUCCUUCUGAUUCUGAUGAGACUUAGUCGUUGUGUGGUGCUGUAAAGCCUACUUAUGAUGUGGAUGAGAGUUAGACAAUUCCACACUUUUCGAAGAAUUCGUGGUGUGCUGACACAGAUCCCACUUCUGAUGUGGGUAAUCCCGCUUCUGAUGUGGAUUAUCGCUUUUCUGAAGUGGAUAAUCUUCUAAUCCCACUUCUGAUGUGGAUGAGUCUUUGCCAGCUUUGGUUAUUUAACAGACUUAAUAACGAUGAAGAUAGUGAGUGAUAAUAGAAUGUGACGUAACGUGAUGUGACGUUUUUUCAACCGUCAACAAAGAUAUUGAGGGAAGUGCACCUGAACUUUUAAGGGUUUUUUUGAUGACAAAAUGUGUAAAACAGUGAAUUGAGAAAUGAAACAAUGCUGGGAAAAUUUGUACUCAUUUUUAAAAUAUAAUA